GGCGCUUCCCAUUUCAAAGAUGGCGGCUCCCAGUGACUGCUCCGGUGCUGGGAAGGUUGUGAUGCCCGCUGAAUCUGCUUUUUCUGGGGGCUGUAUACAUUAGCAAGUACCAUGGUGUUAUAUUACCCGAGCUGGAGGGCGCUGGUCAGGGCAGAACGUGCCUGUACAUGGGGUAUCCGUCUGCAGGGGGCUGGAUAUGUGGCAACUAGUGGCAGGUCCGCGGUUACCCUGGCUGUGCAGCUGGGGCAGGAGGCUGCAGGAGUACCUGAUGGAGGAGGGCUGCCGGGCAGAGAUGGGUGUUACAAUACAGAACACGGGUCUACAGGGUGUAAGGGAGUAAAGAGCUGCAGGACAUGGUCAGUCUCUAGGAGACAACUGUGGAGAUGUGUCACCCAACAAGGAGCCAUGACACUUGUAAGUCCUCAGAGGCGAGCCUUCUGUACCAGUGUGACAAGGAGGGGUCUGUGUCUGAACAGUGGGGCAAGUUACUGCUGUAUCCCCACAGAGGGACCUCGGGGGAAGAAGAUUCAUGGCUUGCACUGUCAUGGUGGCCCUCAUGGACAGUCACACAGAGACCAUUCCUGUGGUCAGACACACCAACCGCACCCCCCAUUCAAUGUCAUGUUUUUUGGAACCGAUGAGUUUGCCCUGGAAUCUCUUAAAAUUCUUCAUAGAUGCAGUAAGGCACAAGAGGCAGUAGUAGGACGUCUAGAGGUGAUUUCUCUGCCGUCUUUAUUGCGGACGGGUUUUCCAGUAGCAAAUUAUGCAGCUGACCAAGGGAUCCCGAUCCAUGAGUGGCCUGAUACUAGCCAAUGUAACCAGUUUGACGUUGGAGUGGUGGCGUCGUUUGGACGACUUCUUCGUGAAGACCUCAUCUUAAAAUUCCCUUAUGGGAUCCUGAAUGUACACCCCAGCCUCCUUCCCAGGUGGCGAGGACCAGCACCAUUAAUUCAUACUAUACUCAAUGGGGAUGAGAACACUGGAGUCACAAUCAUGCAGAUUAGACCAAAGAGGUUUGAUGUGGGUCCUAUAGUGAUGCAGAAAACAUUCCCUGUGCCACCCAAUUGCACUUCUAAGGAGCUGGAAACCGUUCUGUCCAAGCAUGGAGCAGAAAUGCUUAUAUCUGUUUUGAAAAAUGUACCUGAAUGUUUGCGGUACGCUACAGAGCAGCCGACAGAAGGAGCAACGUUCGCACCCAAGAUAUCCGCUGCAUUGAGCUGCAUCAGGUGGGAGGAGCAGACUCCGGAACAAAUUAUACGUUUAGAACGAGCUGUUGGAUUUGCGGUAAAAGGCUUAUUUGCGAUGCCACUUCAGGCUGUAUGGAAUGAUAAACCCAUUAAAUUUCUUAACUUCAUAGAAGUUCCUGACUCGCUAAUUAAUUCAGAUUUCCCCAGAAACCCAGGAUCAAUCUGGUAUCUUCCUGGACCUCAGAUCAUAGCGGUACGUUGUAAGCAGGGUGGCUGGGUUGGGAUCAGGACAGUCAUACUAAAGAAGAAAAUGUCAGCUAAAGAUUUUUAUAAUGGAUAUCUGCACCCCUGGUUUGUGCAAAAAUCCAGUAUGCUGCAGGACUGCCGAUUCAACACUCUCCGCCUUCCACCAAAAUCCAAGACUGCGCAGCAGAAAGCGGUCCCUCUGCAGAACACAGGGUCCUAGUGCCUGAGCCAGGAUACAGGGCUACUGCACCAACAAGGAACAUUAAUCCGUGGCAGAGAUGCAGGCAGCAGCAAGCACAAUAUGAUCCCUGAUGAGAUCAGGGUGAACACAGUGCCCACAAGAUACAAGGAUGACCCUUGUAACUGGAGAUUACACAGACUGAAAAUAAAUUGCCAACAUAAAAUUA